UCCGACAUAUAUAUAUACUGUGUGUUAUUUUAAUGUAAUAGCAUGUGGAUUAUAUCGUUCUCGAAAUUAUUAAUUACUAAUAGAAUUGUUUCAUUGUUUGAUUAUAAGGUGUUUCUCAAAUUCUAUUCCUUCGAUGAUGCAUUGCUUACUUGGAACAUUUAUAUACUUCUCCGAUCAUGUUCCUUCAACACUGCAUCACUUACAUGGAACAUUCCUGCAGUACGUACAGCAUCAUCCGGUUCUUCUUAUGUUCUAAAUACUUACUAUGGAUAUCUUUAUUCAUCCUAUAUUUCUGACAGACGCAUAUUAUGUUCUAUGGAGUGGAUCCAUAAUUUGUCUCUGUGGAAUUCCUGGCG